GUCGUAAUGUUUGGUACGAAUAGUACGAAGUCGGAAGAGGCUGGUUGUUACAUCGUUGUGGUGUAAAUAUCGGCGUUAUCGGUGUCUUGCGGAGUUUCCCGUCGCAAAAUUUCAUCGCCGUGAAAAGAGUCAACAUGUCUCUGAAUACUGCCCAUACAGCAGGAGGUGUCCUGAUUUUCAACGGCGAAAUGAUUCUGCUGUAUUGUGACGGCGUGGACGUGACUUUUGAAGGGCAGGAUGCGCGAGAAUUCAAAGGCACUAAACGAGGCAGACUCUACCUUACCACUCACAGGGUGGUGUUCACCAACAAGGACUCGAAGGACACUUUGCAGUCCUUUAGCUUUCCCUUCCACACUAUGUCCAACCUGGACAUUGAACAGCCAAUAUUUGGUGCAAAUUACAUCAAGGGAAAAGUCAAAGCUGAAGCAAAUGGCAACUGGACAGGCCAGUGCACUUUCAAGCUAAGGUUUAUGAAAGGUGGAGCGAUCGAAUUUGGCCAGGCUAUGAUGGCUGCUGCUCAGACAGCGUCAAGGUUUAUGGGCAGCAUGCAGCCACCUCCGUAUACACCGCCUUCGGGCCCUGCUCAGCUCGCGCAACCUCCAGCAUAUAUGCCACCCACAAAUGCCCAGUAUGGAUUCGUGAUUCCCACCAACGUGUUUCCAGAUGGGCCACCUCCAAACUCAGUGUUCAUGACUGACAUGCCGCCACCCUACCCGGGUGUGAACACCCCGCCUCAGUACCCUGGCGCGACGUACCCGUCACAGUACAUGCCUCCUGGGCAACCUUACCCUGGGCAGUACCCACCUCCGGGGAAUUACCCACCACCUGGGCAGUACCCACCUCCGGGGAAUUACCCACCACCUGGACAGUACGCACCUCCGGGGAACUACCCACCACCUGGACAGUACCCUCCUGGGCAAUACCCCCCAGCAGGGCAGUACCCGCCUGCUGUCGGACAGCAAUACCAGCAAAAUCCUCCACCUGGUGGAAUGUCAUCUGCAGAUGCAAAAGCAGCGGAGGCUGGAUACGCUCCAAGUGCUCCAAGCUUCACGUAUGCUCCGCCUCCUCCUGGACCAUUUCCUCCAGUUGGUGAUACGCAGCCGCAGGGGCCUCCUCCUCCAUACUAUGAGAACGCCAAGAAGAACAACUGAAGACCUCCGCAAUGCUGGAUGUUAUGGAGCGUCAAGUUAAGCACCUUGUGUAUAUAGUACUGCAUACGAGCCGCAGUGCCAUUCCAUGUAGGCAGCAGCACGCUUAAAGGUACACGGAAAUACAUGUAUAUUAUCGUAGAUUCCCGUCGUAAAGUGUUUACUGAUGGUCAAGCGGGAAAGACUGCACAAUAGUAGCUCUUGAAAGAAGCUUGCCGUCACUGCAUGGUUGUCUUUCUUUGGGCACAUUUACGAUAGAUGUUCUGGGGGUAUGUUUGUUACUUGGUUACUCAGAUGUUUUAAUUACUGAAUAAAAGUAUAUCUAAGUUGA